UUUUGGGUAAGCGUUUGUGUGGGCCAACAUAGUACAUGCACGUGUGAUGAUAGUUUGACAAAGUCUGUUGGGCCGACUCGAAAAUGGCAAAGGUGAGGACCGGGUUCGUUUGGGCUCUGUUGGGGUGCGGUUGGGAGUUCUAUGCGGUCCUCAACGGUCGCCGGGUGCGUGUUCAAUGAGGUUCCCUCUCGAUGUCGUGGAUUUUCUGACGUUUUAUUUACCAGACGACUAGUCCUGUACAAUCCCUCCUUUAUAAUUUACACUGAUGUUCACACGAAGCAAAGUCAACAUGGUGGAUAUUGUGCUGGGUAUUUGGUCGUCUCCGCCCGAACCUGGAAUUUGCAGUGAACUGAAUCAGAAAUUGAAAACAAUUUGACUGGUUUUUAUUGUUGGUAAUGUGAUGAGUUGCUAAUGCUGUUGGUAUUGCUCGGCCAUUAACUGGGAGUUUCAGAGUGAUUGGAAGUUUAUAGUCCUGUGCAGAGAAUAGGUGAAGAAGAAGAAUAGGUGAUGUUCAUGGAAGUAUUGCCGUGCGAAAUCUACAAAGAUAAGAACAGGAAGAUAACUUAUUAACGUCGUAUCAAAGGUGACGGUAUACGCCAUGGCUAUGUCUGCGGGUGGGACCGUGGUAUUGGUCCUCCUCGUCGUGCUAAUCCUCGUAGUGGCUGCGGUGCUAGUGUUCAUCAAGUGCAGGAACCAGACCCCCAAAUACAAAGCCUGGAAACCUACCAAGGAAUCGGGAGGGAACUUCAAGAAACUCGAACCCACAUCGGCAGAAACUCGACCUCGCUCCUACUCCAGCAGGAGUCCUCUAUUCGAUCGCAGGGAGACCCCCACCCGUCUCGUCAUCCCCUUCACCUCGUCCACACCCAAUGUCACCACCAUCCACAUACCGAUCAGCGGUACCCGCCGCCUCUCGGACACGGACUCGGACACCUCCGAGUCCUGCUCCGAGAAUGUCGCCGAGGACCGGCCGCUGAGCGAUGACGCGCCGGCUGUCAGCGGCGUCUACACCGCGGGGGCCUCCGAUGACGCGCUAGAUCGGGAGGACGAGUAUCCAUUUCCCCGUGCUGGCGGUGAGUCCUCCUCGGACGAGCAGGCGGAGAGGGACGCGGACGGGGAGGACAGCGCUGCUUCCUGGACCCUGUCCCCGGCGCACAGUGUCCCCGAGGUCAACGUCGUGCAUGUCUCGAGUGCCCCCGAGAUGGGUGGUGGACGGUCCCGCAACAAGUCCAUCCUGGAAAGUGACUACGAAGAGACGGCCUACUCGGUCUACCGACAAGAAAAAGAGGUUCUGCAGACACAGAGUACUGCCAUGCCUCACGAACAGGAGCAUACAACAGUCGUCGAUAAUCACUUGCUUCAAGACGCGAUAGAGAAGAAAAAGAAGAAGAAGAGACGGAGAGGUAUCAGUGUACCACACAUGCCUUAUCGACACCACGCCAAGGGAGAGAGGCGGGGCAGCGCGCAUCUGCUGCAUGAGCCGUUAGGUAUUCACAAGGGGCGAGCUGGAUCGGAAGGCAGUAUCGUGGAUUUAGUCGAACAGAUGGGGAAGUUAUUCAUCCGUAUCCAGCACAGAGCCAACGAAGAGCAGCUGCUGCUGUUCAUAAACAAGGUAACAGAUCUGGAUCUGCCUGAGCGUUUGAAGUACAAGAAAUUCUUGAACCCGAUGCUGUACAUCAAGGGUGGUUUUCUGCCCUCUAUGAGCCAAAGAUUUAUGACCAAAUUUGCUGCCUUGGCAGAGAACGCAACUUGGGGUAACGAGUUUGCCAUCAUGGGCGUGUCGAAGUCGGCCGCCUGGCAGCUGACGCUACGGCUGUACCUGUGCUUCCGAGAGAGCAGCAUCAGCAGACCUCAGUUCAUCGGGGUCUCGGACGUCGUACUCGGCCAGAUGAACCUGGAAAACUCGCAAGAGUUCAUCCUCAACUUCUUCACGAGCGAGCGGUACUACUCCGAUCUUGGCGAUCUUCAUCUAUCCAUCUGCUACCAGCCUGGUCAACAAAGAAUGGUCUUCCUCGUCUUAGAAGCACGAGAUCUUCCGCGCAGUGCUCUAUUUGGAAGCAUACAUUCGGUUGUUAAAAUCGAGAUGAUAUGCGAGAGGAAGCGAGUGGAGAAGCAGAAAUCCAAGGUGGUCCGAGAGACGCACAGCCCGGUGUGGAAUGACCAGAUCGUGUUUACCAUUCCGCCGACUAACAUCAAGCUGCAGGAUAUACAGUUCGAGUUGACUGUCACGCACGUUGAUAUGGUCAAAGGAGCUCACGUUAUCGGCAGGUGUGAGCUGGGAUGGACGUCAACCUGCGAAGAACUGCAACAUUGGAAUGACGUCAUGCAGAAUCCCAACCGACCAAUACCAAUGUGGCUCAGCCUACAGUGUCCGGAUUGAACUCAUUGCCGCCCCUACUCCCUCAUCCCAAAUCCAUUCCUGUGCGGUCCCCGGUGACCAGAUAUGAAAAAAACCACUAUAACUAAUGAACACUAUCACGUCUUAGACGGUAAAGUAAAGUAGUAAAGUCUGACACGAGCUAAUAUGGCCCAUCGGGCUGGCGUUUACCUCUGGUUUCAUGAAACGACUGAGAAUGUAUACCAGCGAUUUUUUUUUUCUUGUUUCAUACCAUGUACAUCGUACCAAAUUUCUGCAAUACGUUAAGAUUACACCGAAUUGUAAUGUAAGUAACUUGCACAUUGUAUAUACCUUCCAUAUUAAUGUAGAUACUUGUAUCAUAAUACCGGUUUCGACAACCGUCAAGAGUUUGGAACUUGCUGUUUAUAUUUCUUUGUUCCAA